AUGACUUCAUUUAUGAAUUUAACAUGGAAAUGGGAAUAUGUAUGUGGUCCUGCGGGCUUACACCCAUGGAACGACUCUACAAAAGAUUUUGGGAUGUGCUUUCAAGAAUUAUUUCUGCAGAUACCAAUUUAUUUUAUUUUAGCAAUUUCUUCAGGAUAUUAUGUAGGGUUUAGGAAAAAUUGGGUAGUUAGAGAAAAAACACAGGAGAGAGCUAUAACACUACGUAGUUUUGUUGUAGUAGUCUUAAUGUUCAUUCCAAUUGUAAAGGUCUAUGUCUAUUUAACCAAUAAGGAUUUAAAUUUAUUUCCUAUUAAUUAUUUUACUGCUGGAGCCGCGUGUUUAGCAUGGCUUGUACAUUUUGGAUAUGUUUUGGCUUUGAAACACCGUUUGGGACAAAGUGCCCGUGGGCCUUUAUGUCAACUUGUCUUAUGGACUACAUUAGUAUUUUUAAAUAUAAUAGCACUUCGAAGUACUAUUAUUACUGGUGAUAUAACUGCUUUCAAUAUUGCUGCAGUGUGUUGCCAUGCGGCAUACUUUAUCACUUUGUUACCAUCAAGUGAGUCAAGACCAACAUUCUAUUCACCAUGCUUGGUUGGUUCGCAACAUUCUCAUAGUGAGUACACUCCACUCUUGCCCCAUGGUGAUGAGGGUAUAUUGGGUACUGCUAUGCAAGGCUCUAACUAUUGGUCUAAGCUCACCUUUUCUUGGGUUGACCCACUUCUUCAAAAAGGUUUCGAGAAGAAGCUACAGGAUCCCGAAGAGCUACAUGACAUUCCAGCUAGGUAUAGAUGUUCCUAUGUUGGAGCAAGAUUGGAUCGAGCACUUAUUGGAAAUGUUGAUAAUUACCAACAGUUUGCUGAAGUACCACAUGAACCAUUCAUAGGGUCAGGCUAUGGAGCAACAGGAGAAAUACAGCCACAAAUUUCUACUCCAGUGACUCCUACUUCACGAGUCUUGCUACGUCCAGAGCGUCGUCAAAAUGUAUCGCUUUUCCGUGCACUCCACCAUUGCUUUGGUCUUCAAUUUUAUGGAAUUGGAAUGCUGAAACUUAUUUCUGAUAUGGCGGGUUUUGCUGGGCCGAUCCUUUUGAAUAAAUUAGUUAUAUUUGUCCAAGAUGACUCUAUUGACCAGCAUUUUGGAUAUAUUUAUGCGGCUUCCCUUUUAGCAGCCACAAUUAUUGCCGCCUUGGCCAAUGUUCACUUCAAUUGGUUAAUGUCCAUUAUCGGAUUAAAGAUGCGUGGAGCGAUAGUGUCAACAAUAUUGAGAAAAACUCUCAGUGUGACGUCAACAGAACUCGACAAAGCUUUCAGUGUUGGUGAAAUUACCAACUUCAUGUCAACUGAUACUGAUCGAAUUGUCAACUCAUGUCCCAGUUUUCAUUCGUUAUGGAGUAUACCUUUACAGCUAGUAAUAACACUGUUUCUUCUGUAUCAACAAGUUGGGAUAUCUUUCUUGGCUGGAGUUGGCUUUUCCGUAAUUUUGAUACCAAUCAACAAAUAUGUGGCAAAUAAAAUAGGAGAAUUAAGUACUGAGAUGAUGAAGCACAAAGAUUCACGUGUGAGCUUAAUCACCGACAUGCUUCGUGGCAUUCGUACUGUGAAAAUACAUGUUUGGGAAGAGUAUUUUAUUAAUAGAGUGUCAGAGGCGCGCAACAAGGAGCUGCGCUACCUGCGCGGCCGCAAGUACCUGGACGCGGUGUGCGUGGUGCUGUGGGCCACCACGCCCGUGCUCGUGGCCGCGCUCACGCUGGGCACGCACGCGCUGCGCGGUCGGCCGCUGGACGCGCCCACUGUAUUCACGGCAGUAGCCUUAAUAAACAUGUUAAUAGCACCACUAAAUGCAUUUCCUUGGGUAUUAAAUGGACUGACCGAGGCUUGGGUAUCGAUUAAACGAAUUCAGAAACUCUUGGACUUAAAAGACAUGGACUUUGAGUAUUAUUAUGACCGCCUCAAUACGAACAGAGAUGAGGAUAAAGUGAUCAUUAUGAAGAAUGCUUCUUUCUCUUGGUCUAAGUCUACUAUACGUCGUAAGUCACCGUCAAAAAUAAAGAAAAAUAAGGGAAAAUCCAAAAAGAACUUAUCAAAACGUACACAGCGAAGCGAUUCCGUGUCGUCUUCAGAAGCUACCGUACAAGAACCGUUUUCAUUGAAAAAUAUAUCAUUAGAAAUUGGCAAAGAGGAAUUGAUAGGCGUCGCCGGACCCACCGGUAGUGGCAAGACGUCCUUGCUCUUAGCUCUUAUUGGCGAAAUGACGAAACAGAGCGGGGACGUUCAAAUACCGGAAAAUUUGAACAGUUUUGGCUAUGUGUCACAGCAGCCAUGGCUCAUACGAGGAACUAUACGUGAUAACAUAUUAUUUGGAAAACCAUACGAUGAGGUUAAGUUUAAAUCUGUGGUGGACGCUUGUGCAUUAACAGAGGACUUGAACGUGUUGGGCUGGAACGCGUACGUCGGCGAGGGUGGCUGCACGCUGAGCGGCGGCCAGCGCGCGCGCAUCGCGCUCGCUCGCGCCGUGUACCAAGACAAACAAGUAUACCUCCUAGACGACGUGCUGUCGGGCGUGGACGCGCACGUGGCGCAGCACAUCCUGCAGCGCUGCGUGCUGGGCCUGCUGCGGCGCACGGCGCGCGUGCUGGUGUCGCACGCGCCGCGGCAGCUGGCGCGCGCGCACGCCGUGCUGCUGCUACGCGACGGUCGGCUCGUUGCGCAAGGGCCUCCCGAUACGGUUUUAAAUGAAAUAGAAGAAUUCCUACCAAGCGAGACAGAGUCUAUAGGCGAGGAGCCACCGCAAAAAGACUUAGAGCCUAAACGCGAUGACCUUGACAAUAUCAGCCGAAAUAGCUUGGAUAAUGAUGAAACGAUGUCAGAGGGCACCGUGGGCUGGUGGGUAGUCGGGCUAUACCUUCGCUCUGUCGGGGGCUUUCUAACUAUGACGAUUAUAAUGUCCCUUAUUCUAAUGCAACUUUCUCAAAAUUUCACAUUCCUCUGGCUUACAUUUUGGGUAAAGAGUCAAACUAAAAACUCGACCGUUCUACAAGCAAUAGACAACGUGCACGAAAACACAACUGUACUCGACCACGGCAUGAAUAUAGCUGACGCAAUUGUUCAUACAAUUGUCAAUAAAUCCAUGGAAGUUAUUAAUAUUCUAACUGGUUAUAACUCUACGGACGACGGAACAGAUUUCAAUACAGUACCUGUGCUACCUGACUUAAGAAUGCCAAUAAACUAUGAUAGCUACUACUUGGAAGUAUACUUCGGCCUCGCGGGCCUUAAUGUGGUGUUCACAAUAAUGCGAGCGUUCCUGUUCGCGUACGGAGGCGUCAAAGCUGCAGCCGGAAUACACAAACUUCUUCUGAAGGUUAUUGUUAAGGCAAAUGUGAAAUUUUUUGAUGUAACACCAAUUGGGCGGAUUGUUAACCGAUUCUCAUCAGACACAUAUACUGUGGACGAUUCUCUACCUUUCAUCUUGAAUAUAUUACUCGCACAAGUGUUUUCUUUAAUAGGCGCCGUGGCGGUCACUGUGUACGGCCUGCCCUGGCUGCUCGUGGGCGUAUUACCUAUGACUUUCAUUUACUACAGGCUGCAGCGCCGCUACCGCGUCACGUCGCGCCAGCUCAAGCGCCUGCAGAGCGUCGCGCUGUCGCCCGUCUACGUGCACUUCAACGACACGCUAGAGGGGCUGAGCACUAUCCGCGCGCUGGGGGCGGGCGCGCGCUGGGCGGCGCGCGGCGAGGACGGCGUGGAGCGCUGGCAGCGCGCGGCGCUGUGCGGCGCGGCGGCGGCGCAGUGGCUGGCGCUGCGCCUGCAGGCCGCGGCCGCGGCGGCGGCGGCGGCGGCCGCGGCGCUCGCCGUGCUGCAGCGCGCCACGCACGCCGCCGACCCCGGUCUCGUGGGCCUGGCGAUAUCGUAUGCGCUUUCGAUGACUUCCAUGCUGAGCAGCGUGCUCAACGCCUUCACGGAGACGGAACGCGAGUUCAUUGCGGUGGAGCGCGUCGGCGAAUAUAUCACAAAGGUUGAGAGCGAAAAGAUCGAAGGAGAAUCACCUCCUUACGGAUGGCCGUCACACGGUGUUAUAAGUUUCGAAGAUGUCUACCUUCAAUAUGGCAGCAAGAGCGGGUCGGCGGCGCUGCGCGGGCUGACGCUGGCGUGCCACCCCGGCGAGCACGUGGGCGUGGUGGGGCGCACGGGCGCCGGCAAGAGCUCGCUGCUGCGCGCCGUGCUGCGCCUGGCGCCCGCCGCCGCCGGCGUCGUGCGCGUGGACGGCGUCGACGUCGCCAAACUACAUCUGCACGCGCUCAGGGCACGUAUCGGCAUGAUACCGCAGGAGCCGUUCAUCUUCACGGGCAGCAUCCGCGAGAACGUGGACCCGCUGCAGCAGUACCUGGACGCGGAGGUGUGGCGCGCGCUGGACGCGUGCGGGGCGCGCGCGCUGGUGGCCGCGCGCGGCGGCCUGCACGCGCCCGCGCUGCCGCUGGCGCGCGGCCACGCGCAGCUGCUGUGCCUCGUGCGCGCGCUACUGCAGAAACCCAAGAUCCUACUAGUGGACGAGGCGACCGCGAACCUAGACGCGGAGAGCGAGCGCGCAAUACUGGACACUAUCCGCGGCGCGUUCGCCUCCAGCACGGUGGUGUUCGUGGCGCACCGACUGGCGGGCGCGCUGGAGUGCGCGCGCGUGGCCGUGCUGGGCGCCGGCCGCCUGCUGGAGCUGCGCGCGCCCGACGACGCGCUCGCCGACCCCGCCUCGCACCUCUACGGGCUGCUGCACCCCGACGGCAACCGGUAC